CGCGCGGUUUCCUGCCCCUUUAAACCGCGUGUCCGCGGAGCGCGCGGUACUCCUCAGCGGGCUGGAGCUGCGCGAGUGGCGGCAUGGCCUCAUUUGCGAAGCGGCGCGCGGUAGGAGCGGGAGAGGAGCCGGAGGAGGAGCGGGAUUCCGGGGAGAGCGGAGAGGAGGAGAGCGGGGAGUCGGAGGAGGAGGAGGAGAUUAAUGAGGAGGUUGUUGUGGAUUUUGAAGCUCACACUAUAUCUGAUAACGAUUUUAAUGGGGUUAAGAAGUUGAUGCAGCAGCUUUUCCUGAAGGCACAUGUCAACACCUCUGAGCUGACAGACCUCAUUAUCCAGCAGAAUCACAUUGGCAGUGUGAUCAGGCAAGCCGAGGUGCCGGACGACAGCGACGAUGAGGAUCCAGAUGAGGUGUUUGGAUUCAUCAGCAUCGUCAAUCUGACGGAGAGGAAGGGGCUGGAGUGUGUGGAGCAGGUGAAGGAGCUGGUGUUGGGUCAGUGUGAGAAGCUCUGCCCGGCCGCUGUGUUGGAGCAGUUUGAGAAAGUUCUGCACGAUUCGUCUCAGGCUGUCGGGCUGCUGCUCAGCGAACGCUUCAUCAACGUCCCGCCGCAGAUCGCCCUGCCUCUCUACAAACAGCUACUUGAUGAGCUGGCCGAGGCUCAGAGGACCAAUAAACCCAGUGGAAGAUGCCACUACUGUCUCCUCAUCAGUAAAACGUGUCAGGAGGUCAGGAGGAGUGUUCCUGCUCGAGGUCCUCCUAAAGAGGAGCUUCUGUUUGUUAACGCAGAGGAGGAGUUCUUUUAUGAGCAAGCUGUGGCCAAGUUUAACUACUCGGUCCAGGAGGAGGCGGAUUCAUGUCUCUCGGGACGAUGGUCGUUCGAUGAUGUUCCCAUGAAGCCCCUGCGGACGGUCUCUCUGAUACCCAUGGACAGAAUGCCAGUGAUUUUAGACAAGCUGAAGGAGUACCUCACUGUCUGAACACACGUCCGGCGUCUUCCUCAUCUGUUCCAUUCUUAUUGACGCUUUAGUUUCUGUGAUCAACUAUAAAAUAUAAAAUCAAGUCAAUAAGGACCUCAAACCUUGAAGGAUUACCAAAAGUUCCAAUUAAUCAAUUUAUUUAUCUUUUUUUAAUUGUACUUUUAGUUAUACGUUUCUUCCUUUCUAAAGUCUAUAAAUUCAGUUUUUUUUGCAGCAAUCUUGUUUAUAUAAAUAAGAUGUAAUCCUGAUACAGUCUGGCCUACAGUAUGCACACCCCUGAGUAAACUGAUUUGGCUGAAGAAAGUCUGUGUUGUACAUAAUCUUCUCCAAUAAGCCACAAAAUAAACCUCUUUUUUCAAAGAA